AUUUCGAAAGCGUUACAGUUGAGCUGAAGGGCUUGGUUUGUUGCUGAUGCAUUAAUCACAGUGUACAAUUAAUUUUCAUCAGAAGAUAAGGUUUAUCUGUUCAUUUGAGUAUUGAAGAUUUUGGAAAUGCGCAUCUUAGCUGCCAAAAAAAAGCCAUAUUGUCUCAGCCUUGUCCAGUAUGCUGAACUUGUUUUGUUGCUAUGAUCUUAGGAAAUAUGACUACGAAAACUAUUUAUGUUCACUGCUCCUUCCUGGUUCAAAAUGUGGCUUUGCAUUGGCUCUGAGGGCUUUUAACAUCGAGUUAGCUCAGAUAUGCGACCGCACCAAAAAUAAAGAGCAGGCCAAAUACCGAUUUCAGUUUUGGAAGGAUAUUGUUGAAUACUUGUUUAGCAACUCUGACAGCUUCACACACUACCACACUCCGCUUGAACAGGAGCUUAAAGAGUCACUUUCAAACCUAGUGUUAUCGAAACACCGCUUUUAUCAGUUAAUAGAUUCAAGAGAGAAACAUUUCAAUGAAUUUUCCUUUAUUACAUGCAAAGCAGCUGAGACAUAUUUCGAUAACGCUUAUACUCCAAUUCACUGUUUGUUAUCUGAGGCCUAUGGCUUCGAGAUGACUACACUAAGCCCAUUGCUCAGUCAUUUAGGAAAAGCACAAGGUAUGGCGAAUAUGUUACGAAGUUCUGUUUUGUUGGCUCAGCAUAAAAAUGUUCUGUUGUUUCCUCUGGAUUUAAUAAAUCAAUAUAAUUUAACACAAGAAUAUAUACUUCAUUUUCUACGUAAAGAUGCUACAGUAACAAGUUCAAAUAAUGAAGCUGUAAAAUUAUUAACACGUGAUAUUGCCUCCUUAAGUCAUUUUCAUGCUAAACGUGUUUCUAAGUUGGCUUCUCAACUUAUUAUACAAUCAUUAUCAACAUCAGUAUUCAAUUCAUCGAAAUUAAAAGAAAAAGAUUUAGAGCAAAAAAAUUAAUACAGAAUGUAUUACCAAAAUUAUUACUUCCUUUAAUAUCUGUAAAUAAUUAUUUGAAUUAUUUAGGUUAUACUGCAAAUUUUGACUUACAUCUUAAUUCUAGAUAUACUAAUAGUUUAUUACCACUUCAACUAUCCUGGAAUGCAUGGCGAAAUAGAAUACCUAAUGGGUUAAAAGAUUAACUUUCAUUUCAUUCUUUCUCCUGAAAUCUACAUGUAUAUCAGUUUUCACUUCUCUCAAUCCCUUAAAUAGAUAAAAAGAAGAGUAUCAGUGGUGUAUAUAUUACUUUUUUUAGUCAAUCAUUAUUUCAAUGUGUAAUAAGAACUAUUCAAUUUAUCAUUAUAUACGGUGUCAUUAUAUGGAAUUCUUAAAAUUUAUCAAACUUUUUCUAUUGUAUUGCUUAAUUAGUAGCAAAUAAGAAUGUCUAACAUGUUAAAUAGAGUGUUGUUCAUAAUUUGAUCGGUAAUUGUAAUAAUCAGUUAACUAAAAAGUGAAAUUUUAGCAAAUUAGUGAUCCAUUCUCCCUCAUAUUUAAAACGAUAUUCAUUUCCGCAUACUAUAGUGCAAUGAGAACAUGUCGUCAAGAUGAACUGAUCAUUUUUUGCUUUUCCGUGAUUUUGGAUAUUUUACCAUGGACGUUCCUCUACCUGUUUACGUGACCGUAUCAUAAAGAUUGCUUAGGCUGACUUUACAAAUGCGAUCAAAUAUGUUGAAGAGUAAACAAUAUAUGACAAUUAUUGUUAUUAUUAUUUGUCCCUUGGGUUCCUGGUGGAACAUAGGGAUUCGGUAGCACGUCGCCAUUUCGCUCUCUUCUACGUAGUCUUCUCAACCUGGCUCCACGACUACCAACAAGCUUACAUUUCUUCCUCACACCAUCUCCUCCAUGUCACCCCCAGCUGGGACGCCCAACUUGUCGUUUCCCAUUUGGAUUCCAUUUGAGGGCCUGGCCUGGCGCGUGAUGUCCCCAAACCGUCUUCUCAGUGUA